GUGAGCUCUCAGUAGAAGUCUCACCUCUCUGGUGAACACACUCGCUCCACACAGCUUGGAUUACACAGAAGGGAAUUUUACACACUAAACCCAGAAGAAAGAGAUUCACUUAUUGGGAAGACUUACAUACACACCGAUCAACAUGGGGAGUAGCAUGUCAUGCGUCCCUCAGCACAAUUUCAGGUUCUCCAGCAAGAGCUUCAUACGGCGGAACAGCAGCAGACUGUUCCGGAAAAAAAAUCCACAGGAGGGGCAGGAGAAGUCCAACAGCAUCAUCAAUAUUCUCUGCACAGUCACCCCGAGAAAGGAAAUGUCACCUAAAGAUCUUGAGGCCAUAGAGAACAUCAAAUGGGACCCGCCGUUUCCCUAUGACCCGGCCAGCGGCUGGAAGAAGAGCAGCAUCAACGUAAAGAACUACGGCAGGCUGAUCCACAGCUCCAAAGUGCGCUUUCGCUUCCUGCACUGUCAGGAUGUACAUGAUUGCUAUCUGGACUUGUUCCAAACACACCUUCAUUUCGUCUCCAACAACACCACCGGACUCACCUAUCAGGGAACUCUUCCGUUAAAGGAGCUCACGAUUUGCAAGGUACAGAACAGGACCAGCUAUGGAGAUCCGCAGGAGUUUGCCUUCCAAAUAAACGGUGUCAGCUUAAACCCCAUCAUCGUCUACUGCUCAAACCAGAAGGAUAUGGACAACUGGUUCGGUCUCCUAAAGGAACACAUAGAGGCCAAUGGGGGAACUGCGAUUACACCAGACACUUACAGCAGAGUUAAGGUCCAGAACACCGAGCAGUCCACAGAGGGGAAAGAAGAGCUGAGGAACUCCAUCAGUAAAGAGCCUAUCUAUGAAUGGGAGGGGUCUCAGCGGGAAAGUCUGGGUCCAAUCACCUAUGUCACUAAAGUCAGGCUACAGCAUUUGCCUUGUCAGGAGCAGUACGACAGACUGUUGGUGAUGUAUCCUAGCAAUCUUAUUAUACUGUCCGAGGAGAGUGAUGGCUUGUUCUACAAGGGAAAACUUCCUCUCAACAUGCUUACAGUUACCACCCCAUGCCAAGACAUCAAGCCAAACACAUUUAUGAUCGAAGGGAAACUGAUUAACCCCAUUGUCGUGUCGUGUCCGAACACGAGUGAGUUCCGGGACUGGAUCCAUCACUUCAAAGCAGCAGACGUCCCCGUCCUUAGCCCUCCUCCACCCGUCUACGACAUCAUCUACACUCCGACUCAGAGAGAAGCCCCUGAGAUAAACGUGAGAUGGAGUGGCAGUAGCCGAGGAGGCGCUGAAGAAAUCGCAGUGCAGAAAUCGCACAGUGGACGCAGAUCUUGUGAGCUCCAGCUGCCUCGCAGCAAUGGCAACCCCCUUUCCCCUGGUUACACCGAGCCUCUCUGUUACAUCUCCAGCAGACCCACCUCUGUUGAUACGCAGUAUUCGGGGAGACUGGGCAGCAGGAGCAACAGCAUGUCGUCUCAAACCAGGCCUGCACCAUUGCCCCUGCGCUACUCCUCCCCUCAGCGCACUUCCUACCUGUCCCCUGAGGAGCCCAUGUCUCCCAUUUACAACACUCCGUACAGCGCAGUUCACCACAACACUACCGUACAGCACAUCGAAAAGGCCCCACUUAUAAAGUCUAACAGCUGGAGCACUCCACAAAGCUCCAUAAAGUACCAGCUCUCCAUUCCACAACGCCACUCGGAUCUGCUGACCCACCGCAAACCUCUCUCGCCCUUGUAUGAUGACCCCACCACCCCUGGCAUGUACCCUCUGGAGGAGGACUUGGCAAAGGUGUCGUCGCAUUCCUCACAGGUUUCUAUGGAACAGCACUGUCCUCCACUCCUCCCAGCCUCCUUCCGCUUGUGCACACCUCCUCUAGGCCGUAGGAAGAGGAGCAGUCAGCCCCAGGAGCAUGAUGGGAGCACCACACUGUGGGAUAUGGAGCAGCGUGCACAGGCUGUGUCCAGACUGAAGCUGCUGCAUGCCCCUAACACAGUGCUACAGCACAACCACGUCACACAGAGAGGGUCAUCAGGCCUGGCUGCCACACACACGCGGGAGUUGCCCUACAGUCUCACCCCAGAUGAUCACUCGUAUCUUAAACCAGUGGAACCGGAUGACCAGGAAGUAGACUAUGACAACAUUUGGGAGUUCGACUGCAGUAACGGGAUGAUUCAAGCCUUGCCUGGAAUUUCAGCACACCGGACGCAGCCUGACUUCAGCGCUCGAGGCCUCGGCGCUAUGGAAACACAGCCGAGAUGGUCAUAAAAGAGAACAAUGGGCUUCCACCCGUCUGGACUUGUACACAUAGCUGGCUAAUCUGUGCCUUACUGCACUCUCGCUCUCACUCUCUCUCUCACACACACACAUACACUCACACCCUCGCACCGGCAUUGAGACAGGGCUUUACAUGAGGCCAAGCUUGUCCAGUAUCACUAAAUAAUCUCCCAGGGGAAAUGAACAGAGGCUGACUAGGUACAGGAGCACUGAGCUUGUUUUUCCACAUGCUGUACAAAUUAAUAAAAAAAAAUUACCAGUCAUUUUAUUCAUCAGGAAACAAGCCUUUGUAACGAAUACUGUUUAUCAUGGAACAAAUAAGAAUAUUUUUUCUUUCAGUAAUUCUGUCAGAUGUAGCAUUACUCUGUGUCGUUUACAAACCUUUACCAAUGGUUGGUUAAGAUACAGGGCUAGAAUAAAUUUCUAGUUUUCUAACUAUGUAUAUAAUGUAAAUAUUGUUUUAUAGAGCAACUACAAUUAUGUUUCUUUGCACUGUUUUGUACAGUUAAUUAUUAUAUUCCUAAUUAUUUAUAUAUUGUUUCAACCCACAUUGUUGCCUACUCAGUUACAUACUGAAGUAAAUUCUUUUCAUUCUUUUUAUAGUCAUUCCAGGAACAUCAUGAAACAUCAGCAUAUGUUACAAUUUGCAGAAGUUUCUCUGACAUGGGCACGUUUGGUUUUAAGCAUGUUGCAUAUGUACAUACAGACACUGCAGACUUUUCACUAAUGUGUGAAUGUUUUAUUCCUUCAGUUUGGUGUGAUGUGAUAUUUAUAUUUAAAAUUAAAAUAAAAAAAAAAAUGAAAUGAAUUCAGUUCUCUUAAUGUCGCUUUCAAAUUCAUGGUUUAUCUCAGUGGUUCUCAAAGUGGCGUUCGUGAAGCAUAGCCAAGGCGUCCAUAAAUAUUUUAUUAUUUUAUUUUGUUACAGCAGUGGAAACCACAACCCUCCACUCGUAUAAAUGUUAUUAUAUUUUUAGCUAGUCUGUCACUUGAAUUGAAUGGAUUUAAUCCACACCUCAAAAUUAAGUCACCUAUAAAUAAUGUGUACGUUCAGUGCAGUGCUUAAAAUUCAAACCUCUCACUUCCCCAUAUAAGCUUCCAUUAGGGUGUUUAUUAAAUAGAAAAUAUUUGUAGAAUGUUAUACUGUGUAUUUACUAACUUAUUUCCUCUCAGAUAAACCAGGGGUUCUCAUACGUUUUUGCACCCUGUGACCCUUUAAUUGUAAAAUUCCUUCCACGCACCCCCUUGGUACAUUUUUUUAUGAGCACAAUGGUGAAUUCAGGUGUACUGGGACAUGAGGUAAACUGGGGCAGUUUAAUUUAGCAGCAUUUAUUU